AUGCUUGCCACAUCUGUUUGGUGUGUCUAUGUGAGUUAUUUAGACAUAGAAGAUGAGGACUUGCUUAUCCAGUGUGAGACGUUUGAGGAGGCUAAGACUGAAGAUGAUGAAGAGUUGCUGAGAAUAUGUGAUGGCAUUGAUAUGAACAGUCAUCAAGAUGUUUUCUCAUCUCUGUUCAACAAAGUGAGCAGCUCCCCAGUCUCCGUUCAAUUGCUGUCCAUUCUCCAAAGCCUCUUGCAUCUUGAACCUUCUCAUCGCUCCAGCUUAUUGCUCUGGGAAUCCUUAGAAAUUUUAGUAAGCAGAGCCAUCUUGCUUGCUAAUGACAUACAAGAUAACAGUGUGGAAGAAGUAAUGGACAGAUUGUUGUCUGUCAAGCAACACCGCAAGAAAAGAGAUUUAGGUUCCAGAAGAGCAGCUAAGAAGGUGAACGAGAGCACUCAGACCAAUGAAGAUUUGGGGCAAUUUCCAAACAUCACCCAGAGCUCUCCUCCAAGAACUUGCUCUUCCAACAAUCCACUUAAUGGAGAGCCACAGAAUGUGUCUAAGGUUGCAUCCUCCUGCUUUUUGGUCAGUUCAUCUUCACCAGAAUGGAAUCUGUCUUCAGCUGCUCCGGUGCCGCCACCUCCUCCUCCUCCUCCACCUCCUCUCCCCGGAACAUUAGACAUGUUGCCACAACAGCCGUCUCCUCUAUCUGGGAUACAAAUGCCAGCAUCAGUUCCCACGUUGCAUGAUGUAGUAACAAUCCCACCCCCUCCUCCUCUGCCUGGGAUGACCAGCAUUCUUCCCCCUCCCCCACUGCCCAGUAUGACAGGGAUACCUUCACCUCCACCUCUUCCCACUAUGAUAGGGGCCCAUUCCCUACCUCAAAACUCAGCCAUGCCACCACCACCUCCCCCACUGCCAGGUGCGGUAGGGAUCCCACCACCUCCCCCACUGCCAGGUGCGGUAGGGAUCCCUCCCCCUCCUCCACUGCCUGGCAUGGUAGGGAUCCCUCCCCCUCCCCCACUGCCUGGCAUGGUAGGGAUCCCUCCCCCUCCCCCACUGCCUGGCAUGGUAGGGAUCCCUCCCCCUCUUCCUGGUGCUGCAGGAGUUCCACCUCCACCCCCACCACUCCCAGGCAUGCCACCUCCUCCUCCCCCACUGCCUGGGAUGGAAGGGCUACCACCCCCUCCCCCACUGCCAGGCAUCCCACCUCCUCCACCUCUGGGAUUCAACGUAGAGGAAAUUGUCCCUGCGUGGGCCAGCAGUCUUGGCUCUGCUGCACCACCCCCUAAAAGAAGGAAGAUGCCAACGCUAAGGAUGAAGAAACUGAAUUGGCAGAAGCUCCCCUCCAAUGUGGUGAGAGAGAGUCACUCUAUGUGGGCAUCAACAACAAGAACGAGUGAAGAAUAUAUUGAGCCAGAUUACUCUAAAAUAGAACAGUUGUUUUGCUUUCCACAAACCAAGCCCAAAUCAAAGGAAGUUGCACCAGUGAAGACAGAACCAAAAGAGAUUACAUUUCUAGAUUCCAAAAAGAGUCUUAAUCUGAACAUAUUUUUGAAGCAAUUUAAGUGCACUAACGAGGAGGUGGUUAAAAUGAUUCAGGAAGGUGACAGAACAAAGUUUGAUGUUGAAGUGCUCAAGCAGCUUCUUAAACUCCUACCGGAAAAACAUGAAAUAGAAAAUUUGAAAGCUUUCAAAGAAGAAAAGGAAAAAUUAUCAAAUGCAGAUCAGUUCUAUCUUCUACUCCUUGGAGUUCCUAGGUAAGAGGAAUGUUAAUGAGAAUACAGUAGUUGUUAAAGAAACAUACAUUUAAUUAGUUAAAUUAAAUAUACAUAUUUUAAACAUUUCUAAAGCAGGAAACAUCAUUUGUUUUAAAUGAUUCCAGUGUUAUAGUAGUCACAGAAGAGUUAUAGAUGGCACAAAGAAGAAAUC